UGAGUGUGAAACUGUCAUAGUUUGUCAAUUUCUGUAACUGCUGUUGAUCAUUAGUAUUUAUCGAACAUUUUUAUAUAUUUUAUAGUUCAUGCAUCUAUUCAAAACCCUAAAUAAGGGUUUUCCAGUAAUGAAAUAUCACAUAAGACACCUCGGAAGAAAAGUUUCAAAAAUUUGUGCGGAUGUCAACGAGGAAAAAGAACCGCCAGCUCAGAAGACAAAAUCCGAAUUACUGAAAGAUCAGCUGAAGGAGUUUGGAAUAUAUGUGUCAGAAUCCAUUCCUAAGUUUGUACAACAAAUUCAGAUAACUCCUUCGAAUGAACUUGAGAUCAUGGUGGAGCCAGAUGGCAUUCGGUGCAUAUUGCAGUUUUUAAAAGACCAUCACAACUCGCAAUUUGCUUCACUUAUUGAUCUAACGGCUUUAGAUGUGCCAAGUCGUCCGUACAGGUU